AAACAUUGAUGUCUGCCUCUGUCUAUAAACUACCCUCGAACCUGGAGUCUUUUACGCAGGUAGAUAAUAGCCAAACUCCGUCCAAGGAGAUAAAAAUAGUGGUCAUUGGAGACUCGGGAUGCGGUAAGACGUCGCUCCUAAUAAAUUACAAAGAUGGCAAGCCUGCUAAUCAUAAAGACUACAUCCCAACAAUUUUUGAGACAUACAAUUGUCUCAUCUCAAAUGGGUCCUCGACAUUCAAGCUCUCUCUGCACGAUACUGCCGGUCAGGAAGAUUUCGAAGGACUUCGGACUCCCAUCUACUCCGAUGUCGAUGUGGUAGUCGCAUGCUACUCUGUGGACUCUCAGCCAUCGCUCUCCAAUAUUAUAGAAACAUGGAUUCCCGAAGUGCAAAAUUACCAGCCAGAUGUCCCGAUAAUCCUUGUUGGAACAAAAUGCGAUUUGAAAAACCAACUGAGCCACGACCAGCUUGUAACAGAACAAGAGGAGCUUGAGAUUAGCUCCCAGGUUGGACAUACUGUAAUGGGACAUCUCCAAGCAUCAGCCAUCACGGGAGAAAACGUCAAGAAAGUGUUUGAUGUUUGUGCCAGUGUAAUGGCUGAGAAACUGUCAAACGUCGCCCCUGUCGCAGCCCAGCCUACUGCAGGCAAGCCUAGUGCCAACAAGUCAUCCAAAACCACAUCCGAGGACAAGGGUGGCUGCUGUGUGAUUGUCUGACUUCAAGGAUCUACAAAUUCGAAUAGGGGCGUAAAGGCAGACAACUUUCUACAUCAUUUGUCGAACAUAGAGUUGUUCUACGUCUGUUUAUUGUACUUUUCUAGUUGAUUAUCUCGACUUUUCUUGUUCAGCUUGUAUUACAGUCCAGCGACCUGUAGUUGGCUACAAAAAUU